GGGCUACAGUGACGCAAACAACAUUACGCAAGCAGUUCAACAAUCACCAAAAUGAAAUUCUUCGUCGCCAUUUUCUUCGCCUUGUUGGCCUGCGCCGCGGCUGAUGUCUCCCACUUACAAAGUGGCUAUGAUUAUCCAGCUCCCUUGCAUGAGGAGGUCAAGUCGGAACCGCUAGCACCACAAAAAACUUACGUACCACCACCUGUAGCUCCGGCACCCAUUGCUCCCGCACCUGUAGCUCCGGCACCUGUAGCUCCGGCCCCUGUAGCUCCGGCACCCGUAGCUCCUGCUCCAGUAGCACCGCAAGACACUUACAUUCCCCCAGCAUCGCCGGCACCUGUAGCUCCGGCCGCACCGAUCCAAUUGGAUGUAAGAUCGGAUCCAAUUGCUCCUGCACCAGCAGCCCCAGAAGAAACUUACAUUCCACCAGCAGCAGAACCAGUCCCAGAACCAUCUGCUUCCCUCGAAGCUGAUGGUUACCACUACAAGACAGUUCGCCGUGUCGUCUAUAGACACCGCGUUUAAGUCAAGUAAUCCAUUUUGGAAUACAUGUACCUGAAAUCUCGAAUAAAACAGUUUUUAAACAAAUAA